AAUCGCGAUGCGGUUGCCAUCGCGACGGCGUGCGGCCUAGUCGAGCAGAGCGGAGCCUGGCUCCCGUUCGUUGCUGUUGCUAAUUUGUUCAUUUAUUUACGUAGUUUUCUUUCUUUAAAGCGUUACAUUUGAUUUACGAGCGUGUGAAAGAGGACGGCGGAGGCGAGCGGACAUGGUGGUUCUCCGAGCCAAGUGCCUGGUCGCCGGUGAAUCGACAGUCGGGAAAAGCGCCCUGGUUCAAGCUUUCCACAGCGAUGCCACCCUGUUCCCCAAGAACUACAACAUGACUGUGGGAGUUGAGCUGCUCGUGAAAUCUGUCGGCGUACCUGACACCACCGAUAGCGUCGAAAUAUACCUUUAUGAUUCAGGUGGGAAGGACAUUUUUAAUGACCUUGUGCAAAAAAAUUGGGACCACCCCAGCAUGCUGUGCCUGGUGUUUGAUGUCACCAGCGAGCAGUCGCUCGGCAGCUGCGGCAAGUGGCUGGAGCGCGUGCGGGCACAGAGCCCUGGCGUCUCCUUCCCCGGAGUCCUUGUAGGUAACAAAGUUGACCUGGGGCCACGGAGAGUGGUCUCUGCGGCUCAGGGACAGGAGUUUGCCACUGCCAAUGGGCUCGAGUACUUCGAAACCUCUGCUAAGGAGAUGGAGAACAUCGACACUCCGUUCCUCUUCCUGGCAAAAGCCUUCCACAGGCUCUACGUGGACAAAACAGACUUCAUCAAAUCCUUGGUGUGAUGUGUCCUAAAAUGUGUGUCUUGUUUAAAAAUAAAUGAUGAUUAAAAAAAAGGUAUGUUUUACUUGAUAAUUGUUUUUUUACCCUUUUAUCUGGCAACAAAACUGACACCUUUUUUUUACAAGGAGUCAUGUUUGCAUAGACCACAAUACCUGCAGUCAUAAUGCAAACAAAAAACAUAACUCUGAUAAUGUAUGUACUGUCCUUGAAGUUGAUUGGUCCAUACCCGAGACAGCUUUCCUUAGAUCCUAGUCUCACAUGGUGUUAGACCAGAUAACGCCAAAAGGCGCACAACUCUGUAAAACUAUGUUUUACUUGUCAGUGAACAAAUUCUUGAAAAUAUUUUGCUACGAUUUCAUAACGUAAAUAGUCCCAUGGGCCUAUUUACUGAUUUAUUUACACCACGAGUAAGAGUGAAUUACCCGAUAAGUCCACUCAUUUGAAAUGGUUAUUUCACGAGUCACUUAUUGGCCGCAUAGAUAAAUUUGAACCGCUUAAGUGAUGCCACCCCAGGUGGUACCGACAAAGUGAAAUAUCUGGUGUGUGUGCUCAUGAGCUAGAAGCCCUUUAUCAUGAAGAACAAAAGCCUCCACGUGCCCUUGCUUCACCAGACUUCGCCAUGAUGGUCAGUGCGGGUUGGUGAAGGAAGUGUCCAGGACCUGUUCAGUUAAUCGCUCGCCACUGGUGUUGGCAGCUGUGGCCUGGAAUUGAAUGCAAAUCACGAAAUUCACACCUCAAUGCACGAACCGCUAAUGCCACGGCUCUACCCGGCUAUGGUUUAUGUUCAUGUACAGCAUGUUGCGUGGGCUGUUGACUGGCUGCUCGGAAGGGACCGUCGUACUAAAUGUUGAUUGUGUUUGGCUUCUUUCAACAAAAAAUCGCAUGGCGCUACGGAAUUAUUGAUUAAGUGUUUUGUCAAGUUCCCCGAGAAUGUGGCAACGUGAAUUAAUGUUUCUCUCAAUCAACUGAACGCAACAGCAGCGUGGUACCGUGCUUGUAAAUAAAUCGUUAAUGUCAUUAAA